AAGAAGAAGAAGAAGAAGAAAUAAAGAAAAUAAAACAAAAAUCAGAAGAAACAUAUUUUAACGUAAAUGAUAAACAAAUACAAUUACUUUUUAAUGGAAUUCAAAGUGAUAAUUAUGAAAUUAUAAUUCAAAGUAUUAAAAUGUUAAAAGAAAUUGUUAAAAAAGCACCAGAAGUUUCAAAUGAAUUUGAAACAAGAUUAUUUGAUAUGAUACUUAUGACAAUAACUAUUCCUCGUAUGUUACAAAUAUUUCAAAAAGCUAUUGAUAAUGAAGUUAAAAUGAAUAUACUUUAUAUAUUAGUUAAUGUAAGUUCAGGAAAUACUCAACAAAUAAUAAAAAUGAUUCAACUUGGAGUUAUUGAACAACUUCUUCCAUUUAUGUUAACAAAUCAAUUUAAAAGAGAUAUUUGUUGGGUAUUUGCGAAUUUAGCAUCAGAAAAUGUAAAAUUAAGAGAUGAAGUAAUGAAUAGAAUAAUUAAUGUAUUAUUAUGUCUUAUUAGAGAUAAUACAGAACAAGCAAUGUUUGUUGAAUGUACAAGACUAGUCUCUAAUUUAUGUUCAUUUACACCAAAACCAUCAUAUCCUAUAGUUAUUCAUUUUAUUGAAUAUCUUAUCCAUGCAGCAACAUUGAAUGAUUCAACAAUUGUAUCACAAGCAUUACUUGGUUUGGAUUAUUUAUGUGAAGAAUCAACUUAUUGUCAAGAAUUAAAACAACCACUUUUACCACUUUUUAUUAAAGGAAUUAAAAGUGGAAAUGAAGAAUUAAUGAUAGUAGUAUUACAAUGUAUUGGAACUUUGAUUUUAAAUGAUAAUACAUUUGCACAAGAAUUAGUAAAUAAUGGAUUUAUAAAUGAAAUAAUAACUAUUUCAGAUUAUAUAACUGAUAAAAUUACUCCAAUUCUCAUGUAUUGUUUAGCAAAUAUUGUUGCAUGUAAACAAGGAAAUGUUGGUUUACUCAUUGUAAAUAGUAAAUUAUUUAAAAAUAUUCUUGUUGAAAUAAAUACAUCACCAAAUCAUGAUAUUGUUAUUGAAGCUGGAUGGGUAUUAAUUAAUGUUCUUGCUGUUAUUGAUGAAGAUGUUAUGAAUAAAAUAUUAAAUAUUGAUGUAUUUGAUUCAUUUUAUAGAAUACUUUCUAUUUCAUAUAGUGGAACAUAUGAUAUUUUAUAUUAUACUUUGAAAAUAAUCAUAAAAAUCCUUGAGGUUGGAGAAAAAGAAAGUCAUUUUCAUGGAUUUAACUGUUAUCAAACAAUGUUAGAAGAAAGUAAUUGUGUUGGGUUAUUAGAUGGUAUGAAAGAAGACUGUAUUUUAAGUGUAGAAAAUCAAGAACUUAUUGCAGAAAUUGAAAAGUAUUGGGAAGAAGACAAUAAUCAAAUGGAAUUGAAUUAA